AUGGGCCAACAGUCUAACCACCAGGCUACCUGCCACCUUGAGAGAAGGUACUCUGAGGUGAAGGAGCUGGUCAGAUCCCGGGGGAAGGCUGAAGUGAGUCGGGAUGAAGGACUGUUGAAGCAACUGGACCAGGAGAUGGCUGAGCUGAGGAGGAGAGACGCCAAGCUGGAGCAGCUCUCAAACACAGAAGACAACAUCCAAUUCCCCCAGAGUUUCCAGUCUUUCUAUGUCCCUCUGUUACCCAGCAUCACUGUCAACCAACACGUCUUCUUUGAGGAUGUAAAGAAAUCAGUCUCUGAGCUGAAAAGUCAAGUUAAAAAGAUCUGCUCUGGGAGUAUUGCUAAGAUCUCUGUAAAAAAUUCCUGUCAGCUCACAUUGGAUCCCAACACAGCACAUAAAAUGCUGUGUCUGUCUGAGGGGAACAGAAAGGUGACAUGGAGUGAUAACGACCAGCUUUAUCCUGACCAUCCAGACAGAUUUACCACAUGCCCCCAGGUGUUGUGUAGAGAGGGUCUGUCUGGAGCCUGCUACUGGGAGGUGGAGUGGAGCAGAGGGGUUUAUAUAGCUGUCUCAUAUAAAGGGAUCAGCAGGAGAGGAAAUUAUGAGUGGUUUGGAGGCAGUAAUCAGGCCUGGUGUUUAGAAUGUGGUGCCUCUCGCGGCACUUUCUACCACAAUGGUAUACUGACUGCCAUGUGCGUCCCCCUUUCCACCAGAGUAGAAGUGUACCUGGACCACAGGGCAGGAACUCUGUCUUUCUACAGUGUCUCUGACACAAUGACCCUCCUCCACAGAGUCCAGACCCCAUUCACUGAACCCCUCUAUCCUGGGUUCUUUGUUGAUAGAUCUGUGAAAAUAAUGACAUCAACACAGUGA